AUGUGCAUCGUCUUCUACACUCUUGCGCAGCCCGGGUAUAAGCUUGUGCUGGCCGCGAACCGUGACGAGUUUCUCGACCGGCCGGCGUCUGACGCCGCAUGGCACAACUUCGAUGCGGACGGCACUGACGACAACUGGGUCCUCUGCGGGCGUGACCUCGGCAGCCCCGACAAGGGCACGUGGAUGGGUAUCACCAAGGACCUGCGUAUUGGCACCCUAACCAACAUCCGGUACCCCAUCGUCCCACCCCCACCUGACGCGCACUCCCGUGGCCUUUUCCUCAAGGACUACCUUGCCCCGCCGCCAGACAAACGCCCAAACCUGGACGAGUACAUGCUCUCGCUCACACCCGAGGCGUACACGGGCUUCAACCUGCUCCUGUUCGACUUGAGCAAGGCAGACCCCGAGGUCGGGUAUCUCAGCAACCGCACGACGCCGGCGUACAUGCACCCAGAGCUUGCUGGGUGCCAUGGCAUGUCCAACUCGCCAUGGGCCGAACCGUACCCCAAGGUCGUGGACGGACAAGUGCGCAUGAAGGCCACGCUCGAGGAGUGGACCAAGCAAGGUGGCGACGAGGACGACCUCAUUGAGCGCAUGGUCACGCUCUUGUCACCCGCACCAGUGGUACACGAUACCCAAGACCUGACGUCUGCCACCCGCGUCAUGCCCAUUGUGAUACCCCAGGCCGAGGUGUCCGAGACGACAGGCAAUCCCCGGUGGUACGGUACGCGCAUCUCGAGUGUGAUCCUCGUCAAAGAUAAUGGGCAAGUCACUUUUAUAGAGAGAGACAGGUCAGUCCUCGACAGCGACGGCCAUGUCCAGCCAGGUGUGCAGUCCAAGGAACGCAGGUUCCAGUUUCAGGCAAUUUUAUCGUGA